AUGUUCUUCGUGGGUAUCCUAAAUGGCCUACUGCGCGUGUCUAGAAAUAUCUUCUCUGCUCCGUUAAUGAUCAGGUGGUGGGCUGUCAAAGUGGUUGUUAUCUUCCUGCUGCUACUGGCGGCGUUCUUUAUACCCAACGAGUUCUUCUAUUCCUGGGGCAUUGUCGGCCUCAUCGGUGCUACGCUGUUCAUCUUCGUUCAAUUGCUGCUGCUGGUAGACUUUGCCUUUGACUGGUCAGAAAGCUGGAUCGCAAGAUGGGAGGAGGACGAUACCAAUCAGUGGUACAUUGCACUGCUCAGCUGCACAUUCGGCAUGUUGGGGCUCACCCUAGCAUUGACUGUAAUCAUGUAUGUGCACUACAUUGGCCACGGAGACUGCUCCCUUAAUGUGUUCUUCAUCACUACUAACCUGUUGGGAUGCAUCACCGUGUGCUUCCUGAGCAUUGCGCCGGCAGUACAGGAGCACAAUGAGAAGAGUGGCCUGCUGCAGGCUGCGUGCGUGUGCUUGUACGCGUCGUACCUUGUUUUCGGUGCCGUCUCGAACUACCCAGAUGAGGUGUGCCAUCCCGAUGGCUACAAGUUUGGAGAUGUGGGUGCAGCGCAGACCAUUACACGCGUAGUGGGGGCGUUGUUCACGUUCGUAUCUAUAGGUUACGCAUCUGUUGCAGCGUCUACAAACAGCUCUGCCUCAUCCCUUGGUUUGGGAGGUGGCGAUGAGGACGGCGCUCCUUUGAUGGAAGCCGGGGGCGUUACGAGCGAACAGUCGGAUGACGAAGAAGACGGCGUGCACUAUAACUGGUCCCUAUUCCACUUUAUAUUCGCCCUAGCGUCACUCUACGUGAUGAUGAUCAUCACCAACUGGGGUACUAUCAGCACCAACACAAGCACUGCCGAUGCCAUGGAGAUUGGCCAUGCGAUGCCUGCCGUGUGGGUCAAGAUUGUGUCGUCGUGGCUCACCCUCUUGUUGUACGGCUGGGUGACGGUCGCACCUUUGGUACUGACAGACCGGGACUUCAAUUAACUACUUUACCACUCUCGUCAUAUAUAAAACAGGCGCAUGCCCGUGAAUAAAUAGACGCACGCGUCGCUCUGAUUGUUCAACUGACCUA